AGAAACGGACGAUCCGAAGAAGAACUUCCCCUACUAAAACACAACAACUUUACAGAAGAACAGAACAGAAGACACUUUCUUCUACCACUCUCUCUCUUCCUCUCUGUCUGUAGAUUUUAAUAAAAUAAAAAAAUAAUUUAAUAAAACAAAAAGAAGAAGAGAAAUCUCUUCUCUUCUUUUCUUUUUUUCUGGGUUUUUGAUUCUUCUUGUUGAUCUUCUGUUUGAGAGAUUUUGGCAAGUGUAUGAUUUUAAUGGACUGAUGAUUAUAUGAAGAAGAAGAUUUAGAUAAUAAUAAAGAGUUUAAUAAUAAGAUUUGAUUUUGCAGACUGAUUUUGGAAGAGGAGGUGAAAUCAGAAGUGGGUUUUGUUUGAAUUUGUGAAAUUUUUCUGGCUGGGUUUGAUUGAUCAUCAUGGCGGUUGUUGAAAAUGAAUUGGGGGUUGUUAAUAAUGGUUCAGCAGCAAAUAGGACACAGACACCACAAGAUUCAUCAAACGAUCUUGCUGAUCAAAACAACAAUUCAGGGAUUCGGAUGGUGGAUCCUAAUCCUAAUUUUCACUUGAAAGUUCAGCAAUUUCAGCAGCAGCAGCAGACUGGUGAUGCUCACAUUAGCAACAACAACCAUAUAUCUCAGAUUCAUCAUCAAGGAGACGAUAACAAUAAUAAUAUGACUAAUGGAAAUAGUGAAGAAGGGUUUAAAAGGGAUAUGAGAGAUUUAGAGGAACUUCUCUCUAAAUUGAAUCCUAUGGCUGAGGAAUUUGUUCCUCCUUCACUGUCUAACAAUGGAUCAGUAGUAGGUGCUGGUUUUUACCUUAACAAUUUUGCCAUGCAUAGUAACAAUGGCAAUGGCAAUGGAAAUGGAAAUAUUAACAGAAGGAAGAAGAAUAAUUAUAGCCAGGGAAGGCGCAGGAUGAAUAGUCGAACAAGUAUGGCGCAACGAGAAGAUAUAAUUAGGCGCACUGUAUAUGUAUCUGACAUUGAUCACCAGGUUACUGAAGAACAGCUUGCUGCUCUCUUUAUCAACUGUGGACAGGUUGUGGACUGUCGCAUCUGUGGUGAUCCCCACUCCGUUCUUCGCUUCGCUUUUAUUGAGUUCACUGACCAGGAUGGUGCAAGAGCUGCAUUGAGUUUGGCCGGGACCAUGCUUGGUUAUUACCCAGUAAGGGUUCUGCCUUCCAAAACUGCAAUUGCGCCGGUUAACCCAACAUUUUUGCCGAGGUCUGAAGAUGAGCGGGAGAUGUGUGCGAGAACCAUCUAUUGCACAAAUAUCGAUAAAAAGGUUUCUCAAGCGGAUGUAAAACACUUUUUUGAAUCCAUCUGUGGAGAGGUUUAUCGUUUGAGACUUCUCGGAGACUAUCACCAUUCUACUCGCAUCGCUUUUGUCGAGUUCAUAAUGGCUGAAAGUGCAAUUGCUGCUCUGAACUGUAGUGGUGUGGUGCUGGGUUCCUUACCAAUUAGAGUAAGCCCUUCAAAGACGCCAGUUUGCCCACGUUCACCUCGUCAAAUGCACUGAGGAGUUCUAGCAGGACGAUCAAGCUGAAGAAGCCAGAAUCUAAAUAUACGGUCCUGCAUUCCAGUCGUGGCUGCAGGUCUCCUAGAUUAUGUUACCGCUUUAUGUAUCUACUACUCUUUAUGUAUCUACUACUCAAGAUACAGACAUUUAAAGAUACCUCUGGUCGGUUUUCAUUUUUAGUUCUUCUAUUUCUCUUGUUACCUCCCCCUUUUUUUUGUUGCAUAUUUAUCCUGCAAUCUUUUGUUUUAUCCAGGAUUAAGGACAUAUAUGCUUUGUUAAUUUCUAGUAUGUAGAGUUGGAAUGGAACUUGGAGGCUUUAAAAGAGUUAAUAAUGUUUCCUUAACUGCAGCAAUUUGUCUUGCGGAAGAUGUACUGAAAGUUUAUAUACGAUAGACUGGUUUCUGUCUGUUUUACUA